AUGACGUCGGAAUCGGGCUUCUCCUUCCUCCCACAAGGAGCAAUCAUCCAAGAAUUCAAAGUUGCUGGCCAUAACAUCGUACUGGGAUAUCCUCAACCGGAACCAUAUGCGAACUCACCUUUCUUUGGAGAGACCAUUGGUCGUGUUGCCAAUCGCAUCAAAAAUGCCGAAUUCAAUCUCAACGGCAAAUCUUACAAGGUCGCUGCCAAUGAGGCGAAUAAUCACCUCCAUGGUGGCCUCCGAGGCUGGGGCAAGAAGAAAUUUACCGGCCCGCAACCGGUUAAUCAUCAUGGCAAAGAAGCCGUACUUUUCACCUACGUGUCUCCCGAUGGUGACGAAGGUUAUCCUGGUACGGUGGAGUUGAGAGUGUGGUACACCGCUUGGACCGAGGAGGCAGAUGCGGUAUCCAAAAUCGUGCUUGAAACAGAGUACGAGGUGGAGAUGAUUGGUUCCGAAUGCGACGAAACAGUCAUCAACGUUACCAAUCACGGCUAUUUCAACCUUAGCGAUGGGCCAACUAUUGAAGGAACAGAUGUGACGCUGCACACCUCCAAACACUUAGUUGUGGACCAGGAAGACAUUCCCACGGGUGCCAUCGAAGACUUCCCUGGCGUGGAAGCCCACAAAACUUUCGUCCUGGGGCCAACGGAGCCUGACAUCGACCAUUGCUUCAUUGUCGACCCAGACCCCCAGAACAUCCCGCUCGACACUCGACAACGACCGCUGAAGCCGUUGGUCAGCGUUGCACAUCCCAGGACCAAGUUGCACAUGGAUGUCUUCAGCACGGAGCCGUGCUUCCAAUUCUACACGGGUAAGUAUAUCAACGCCGCAGCAACCGCCGAGACACCCGCGAGAGGACCAAGGUCUGGCUUCUGCGUUGAACCGGGACGGUACAUCAACGCGAUCAACGUACCGGAUUGGAGGAACCAAGUGCUGCUGAAGCAUGGCGAACUUUGGGGCGCCAAAACCGUCCACAAGGCUUGGAAAGCAUGA